AGCAUAAUAAAGCUGUUAGGGCUCGAGCGCCAGGCGCGCGCACUCUAACGGUCAGGCAGAGCCGCCUAGAAACCCUGACAGACCGCCAUGAUAAGGACUGCCGGCGAAGAGUCCACGGAUGGGGAAUAUGGCCUCCACGCCAUCCUCAUCAACCCCCAAAGCUUCCCUGCCAAGCUGUGGCAGCUUGUGAACGAACCGCGGGUUAGCUCGGUACGCUGGGACUGGUUCGGCUUUGGUGUCUUCAUAGACCAGCGGCGAUUCGAGGCCGAGCUGCUGUCGCCCAUCGGGGGCGCCUUCAAGUCCAGCAGCUUCUCCAGCUUCAACCGGCAGCUCAACCUGUACGGCUUCAGGAAGGUGAUGCCGAUGCCCGGCCACAUGGGGGUGCUGCAUCACCACUUUUUUAACCCUGACUUCAGGCAAGGCCGCCCCGACCUGCUGGUGAAUCUUAAGCGGCUGACCAGUACCAACAAGGCAAGGAUCCAGGCUGGGCUGGAGGUGCCCCGCAGGCUGCCCAGUUCUCGGGGCCGCAGGAAAAACAGGACUGAAGAUACAAAUGUGACUGCAGGUUACAGGCUUGCAGGACACACCCAACAGGGGACACAGAUGGGAGCCAUGCCCCCACAUCAGCCCCCCCAGAGUGAAGAACACCUGCUGAUGGGUUAUGACUGCAUCCCCAAUCCCCUGUGUGGCUGGAUGGUGGGGCCCAGUGUGGAAACAGGCAUCUCUUUUCCGGUCAUUCAGCAGGCACCUGCUUUGCAGUACAAUUUCAGCUGUGCUGCCCUGUCUGCUCCUGCUACCGCCCAAGUUCAGCCAGGAGCGCUGGCCGUGCCUGCUGCUGCAUUGCAGUAUAAUCACUCACUACCUACUCAGUACCACCCUGCAUGUUAUGCACCAGCCAUGUCUGAUGGUUUCUUCCAGAGCCCAGUGACUACUGACCCUACAGGCUGUGUUCCCCAAUCUACACCAUUACCACAUUACUGCUAUUACCAGACAAACUAUCCACCAGGCCAUUUACGUCCCUGCAGUCAGGACCAGCAAAGCAAUGAGAAUGAGACUGUCAAUUUGGAUAUGGUUUUCCAAAUGGUUAAUGAGCUGCAGGCAUCUCCCAAACUAUGCAUGGUCAAAGUGGAGACCCCUGAAAACUUGAUCCAGCUCACCUGUCCAUCAGAGGUGGUUCAGUUCCCCAAUUCGGAUCUGCCUGCUUCGGGCCAGCUCAGCCCCCAAAAGUUACUGAGUUUGAGCACCUCGCCUCUUGUUAUGGAUUCAGUUUGUAUGUCUCACUGUGGCUAAAGCCCUCUGGUUGGGAUUAAGGCCACUGUGCCAGUCAGCAUCAAAGCAGAUGCUGCCACUGGGGUUCUGAGUCUUCCAGGAGCCAAUAAAAUGAAAGAUCAAUAUUGCAAUCAAGAGUAUAGUUAUUCUGGCUCAUUAGAUUUCUCUGAAAAUAUUGUUCCCACCUUGUAGCAUUAUUAUAAUGGGAUAUAUAAAUACAUAUGGGAUAUUUCAGCUGCAUAUGUUAGGUUAACAUUUGGUAUUGUGCUUUUCUUUUAUUGUACUUUACUGUCAGUACCUAUAAUAUUUUUAUUUCACAAAUAUUUACAAAAGUAACUGAUGUUGGCUACUGAUUUAUAAAGUACCUGUUCCUCAGCUGAAUAUAUGGAAUUACUUCUCUCAAGGGUACUAAGCUCAUCUCAGGACCUGUUUAACUCAGUGACUUUUAGGUGUUCUGGCUUUCUUUUAUUUUUUUUUAUUUGUAUAUUUUCCUGUCAUGCCUGUCUUUCAUCUGUUUUCCAUUUAAUUUUUUGUCCAAAAUAGUUUCAUAAAAUUAUUACUUAA